UGACGUGCGCAAUAAUGGAGGCGGGUGUCACCGCGACACGAUAACCAGCCAGGUUGCUCCGUGCUGGAGGAAAUGAAAGCGCCGGUAAGGGCGCAGGGCGUGCCUGGGGUGGACACCGGACAGACCAAGCCUUUGUGGAAUGUCUCUGAGCACAAAGAUCAAGCUGGUAGUGACAGGAGAUGAUUUUGGGUACUGCCCACGUCGGGAUCUUGGCAUCGUUGACUGUUUUCGUGCUGGUGGUGUGUCCAGUGUCUCCCUUCUGGUUAAUGGGAGCUCUGCAGCUGGAGCAGCUGAUCAAGCACAGAGGUAUAACAUUCCCAUUGGUCUUCAUGCCAAUCUCUCAGAGGGCAUCCCGGUCUCUGCUGAGUUACGUCAGAAAUCUUCCCUUGUUAACUCUGAAGGUGUCUUUCUUGGCAAGAUGGGUAUACGGAAAGCACUGGCACUAGGACAGCUCAGCAUGCCAGAGGUCAGACAGGAGCUGCAAGCACAGGUCAGUCUGUUUAGAGAGCUGACAGGACAAACUCCUCAACAUAUGGAUGGUCAUCAGCAUGUCCACAUUUUACCAAGGAUCCGUGAAGAGUUUGCUCAAGUGCUGCAGGAAAACGGAAUUCAUUACACAAGACUGCCAGUGGAGCUAGGCCUUCACAGGUGUGACUGGAUCCCUGAGGAACUUAUGGUGUUUAAUAGAGCAGUACAGGAAGAUGCCCUGAAUUCUGUGGGGAUAUUCAAGAGCUAUGGCCUUAGGUGGCCGGAUCUAUACAUUGGUCUCAGCACAAUGGGGAAGUACAUGUCGACGCAUAACAUCCAGAGAGCAAUUGAGUAUGGAAUCCUGUCUUUGCAUAGCAGUCUUUCCCCAGGGCACUCAACCCAAUCCAGCAUCUGCAUGACCAUUGAACUGAUGACUCACCCUGGUUACCCCAGUAUGCCGCAAGAGGGGGGCUGUGGGGAGGGUCCAGAUGAUUUCUCACAAUCCAGGGAUAGACUGCAUGAGUUAGAGAUCUUAAGAGACCCAUCAUUACACAGUUAUUAUAAUAACCAUAAUGUACACUUAUGUAGUUUCAAAGAUCUAUAACACUUGGAGUGGAAAUUGACCUCUUGCACUCAUUACAGGGAUUUUGCCAGCGUGCCUCUUUAAAGGCUUGAUGGGAUGGAUUUACACCAUGGUCAGUAUAGCCGCUAAUGUUUAACAGGGCAGGAACUUUAUAGAGCUGCCCUGACUCCAAUUUUGGUUGAUUACUACUUUUGAAGUGUUGUUUUUUUCUUGUUUUUAUUUUAAACUUUGACAUUGAUAUUA